AUGCAGGAAGAGUUCUCUAAGAAGAAUCAGCCUUAUCUUUCACUGCACAUUGAAGAGGAAAUUGAAGGUGUCAGCACCUCCAGUUCUUUUACGAAAAGUGAUACUGCUCUUCAUUCCACUGAAGUUGAUUUUUCUGAAGUAAGUCCAACAUCUGAGGACACUUGUCAGGUUCCAAGUACUUCAAGCAAAGAUAUAUGUAUGGACUUACAUGAGGAAGGUAUUCCAAAGUCAGAAUCUAAUAUUCCAGUGGCAAAUAAUGAUGACAAUACUGAUGAGAAACCUAAGAAGGGAUUGUUACUUCUCAGGGAGUAUGCAGACAGUGGAAAAAUUACUGAAGAAGUUGUUGUAAAUUCAAGUGGAGAUAAAUCCAAAGAAACUGCAGUAGAUAAGUCAAGUCAAGAGACUACCAAUGCUCAGUGUGGCAGCAUUGCAGAGGUUGUCACAUCAAGUGAAACUCCCAGCAAGGAUGAAGCUUGUAGCAGUGGAGUUGCCAAUGACCUCCUUUUUUCUGAUGACAAAACGUCAUUCAUAGGAGAGAACAAAGGUGCCUUAGACAUUAAAACUUUGGUAAGUGACAGUCUCACAAAAAGUGACAAAGCAAAGGAGGAUGGUCAACUUUCUGCUUCAGACUCUAGUGACAGUGAAAAGUCCUCUGACAGCAAGAAGGACUCCAAGAAAUCUAAGAAAGAUAAAAGCAAAAAAAAGGAUAAGAAGAGAAAAAAAAAGAAACAUAAGAAACAGAAGCAAGAGGUUGAAAGACAAGAACCACCUGAUAACAGAGGUACUAUACAUGAAAGGGGAAAGUAUUUGCUUGUGGCAUGUUCUUGUGUCUGUUUCCUGAUUUGUUUUGUUUCUUGUGUCUGUUUCCUGAUUUGUUUUGUUUUAAUGUACUAACAUAUACACUAUUAUUUUGAACUCUUACUUUAAGGUCUUGGUAACAUGUGCUUCAUUAGGUUACAUACACAUGCCACUUGUGCCAUGGUGGGUGUGUAACCAAAUCCAUUGCCAAAUCUCAGCCUGUACUAAGGGCAGUGCUCUAAUAAUUAUUAUGUCUUAAUGUACUCCUUUGUUUAAGAAGACCUAUGCAACCCAUUCUUUUUAAUUUGAAGAUGUUGAUGAAAAGAAAGAAAAGGAUCAAAACAGACCCCAAGGUAAAGGAAGAAGCAAGAGUAGGAGUCACAGUAGAAGCAAACUUGAAAGCCGCACUAAAAGCUCAGAAAAAUCUGAGAACCCAAAGCCUCUGAAGUUCUCCAGAAGUAGAAGUAGAGAUAGAUUUUCAAGGCAUCAUCAUCACAGCAGGAGUAGAUCACAUGAAAAAGAUAGAAAGUUAAAGCAUUGUAGUGAGAGAUCAAGAAGAUCCAGAAGCUGUUCAUCUAGUAAAAGACAUUCACCAGCAAAGAGAAAUACACUCUCCAAAUAUCAGUCAUCUAGGGGUAGAUCCUGGAAUAGAAAUAACUCACCAUCAGUGAAGAGGAAUGAGAGGCACCACUCAACUUCCAGGACAAGAUCAUCCAAAAGAGACUAUCCCUCAUCUAGAAAAAGGAAUUUAUCACAAAGCCCGUCACCUCGUAAGCACAGAGAUAAUAGAAAGAGCAGAUCACCAGAAAGACAUUCCUGUUCUUCAGAAAGAAAAGGUGCUCCUCCUGUAAAGAACAGGAGGUCCCACAGCAAUAAAAAUAAUUCAGUUCCUAGACAAUCAAGAUCUCCAAAUAAAAGGGAACAUAAAAGCAGAUCUUCACCAUCAAGAAAGCUGUCGCACCGCACAUCUUCAGCAUCAGACAGCCUUGACUCAGGACACUUUACGAACAUUCCAUUGACUCUGCCAAACAAACAAGAAGAUCAAGUUAUUGGCAGAAAAGAAUCAGUAGAAAAGAUACCAGGAGUAGAACUUGCAAUGGAGGCUAGUGUUGUAUUAAAAUCUGAAGUAGAUAUAGAGAAGCAAGUGUCUCCUUCAGACAGUCCACUGAAAGUAUGGGAGGAUGAAUUUGAUUUUGUGUUCACAGAGCGGCUGUCACCCAAAGAUGGAACUGAAAAGACAGUGGAAGAUGUUCUUUUUGGAAAAGAAAUAAUAGAUCCAAAGACUCCUGACUCCCUCAAAAGUAAAGCUACCAAAGAGAGGUAAAUUCUGGUUAUCAUAAUGACAAGAAAAACUAAUCCCUAAAGCAAGAAAGUGUUAUACACUGUACACAUACAUGUAAAUGGUACAUUGUAGUGGGGGCUGAUAAUUGCAGUUGCAUAUGACUCAUACUAGAAGUUAGAUAUUAACAUUGGGUAGAAAGUAAGCAACUCACUGAAACUGUCCAGACAGUGUAAAUCCUAUCACUUCCAGGAAAGACCAAAAAUUACAUGCAUCAAAUUAUCAUUUACAUGCAGAAAGGUGAUAAGAAGAAAGAAAAAUGUCAAAUGGACUCAUUUAGGAUGUAGUUUUAACCCCAAUUCUGUGAACUGAAUUUACAAGACAUGUACUCUUACUAGCAGUCAGUGUAGAGAAUUAAUAUGUAGACCUGGGUGAGGAAAGGGCAAUUUUACAUUUGUAUUUUUUUCAGUCCCUAGUCACAGUCAGUGUCUGUCAUCUUUUAUUAACCUGUGAGUUUGUCUUUUCUUGAAGCCUCAAAAGUAACGACAGUAGAGCAUCCCUUGCCAAGGAAGUUAAAAAACCCAAAGAGGAACCACAAAAUAAGGAAAAGGAAGAGUCAGAAAAGAAAAAAAGUCAGCAAUGUAAAGAACCCAGUUCAAAAUCCAAGCAAGAAAAUUCUAAGGUUAAAGAUGCUAAGAAAGUUCCAAAUGCGUCUAAGUUAAAGGAUAGCAUUGGUGAAUUGAAACCAGUUAAAAGCAAUUGUGUAAAAACAUGUAACACCGAUGGUGUCCAAAAGACUACUGAUGAUAGUACUGUACAUCAGAGUGCAGAGGAGUCUGGGAAAUCAGCCUUUAUGCCUUCAAAGUUUGAAUCUAUACCCUUCUUAGGGGAUACUCCACCUGGUGCCAUCUCAGAAAACAGAGAACUUCAACUCCCAAUAAUCCCAGCUCCAGGAGGUAGGGGUCUCUUACCCACUCCUUCAUUUCCUGCCCACCCCUGGGUACAACUGAAUAGUAUAGUGCAUGGUGUUGGUCUCAACAAACCUAAGGGUUCUCAAAGUCUUUUACCUAAACCUGGGACACUUCCAAAUAUUCCUGCCAAAGAUGGUAACAUUGACAAAAUAAGGAAAAACUUAAGUUCCAGUCCUAUGGACAUGGAGAUGUCAUCACCAGAAGGGGAUAUCAUUGACAAACUUAAUGAAGAAUUUUGGAGACAGCAGGAACAGCAAAAUCAAGACAAUGCAAAGAAUAUGGAUCAUGAGGGAAUAGAACUAGACUCUAUUAAGAAUGACCAGUAUUCAGUUGAUGAACCUUAUGAGCCUGAAACUGGUGUUUUGAUCAGUGAUGAAUUUGAAGAGGAUUUGGAUAGCAUAACUGAUCCUAAUGAGAGGAAAAAACUAGAGAAAAAGCAGCAGAAGGAGAAAACUAAAGUACAGGUAUGAUGGUUUUAGAGGUUCAAAAUUAAUACUUGUUUUACUGGUCGUAACCCUUUGACUCAGCAUCUAAUCUCUCCAUAUAAUAUCACUCCUCAAUCAAACAUUAAGGUAACAAGAAUUUAGUAAAUGAUCAGCAACUUGGCUGUUUAACAAAUUCUCCUCAUCAGCACUUUAAGAAAUGUAUAGAGAAUGGUAUGGAGAAUAUGCAUAUUGAUGUUAGGGCAUAAAUGGUUUCUUCUCUAGGAGAGCAGUGAAAGUAAUCCAACUAAUGUGGCAAUCGAUUCAAAACUUAAACAUUCCCCCUCCCUCCCCUAAGCAACCUCCUGGCCAUUUGAGUCUUAACAGUGAAGAAAUUUAUGGAAUUUCAACUCAAUCUCUAACUUUCCCUCAUGAAGGGCAAUUCUUUUGAUACCCAUGCCAUGAUUAGGACCUCAGCUUUGAGCCAUUGAAUUUGCUCUUCACCCUCUCCACCUUGGAUUAUAAAUGAACACCAGCAUAGUGACAGGAAAACUGUACAAAUUUUAGGGAGUAAUCAUGGAGUGAAAACAGGGAAACAGUGCUCCCAGUCCACUUGGUUAGUAAUACUUGGCCUACGUUUAACUAUUCCGUUGGUUUUCCUGUAGGAACUGAUAGACAGGCUCCAUCGCCAGGCCAGGGUGGAAGAAGAAGUGAAACAUGUUCUCAAAGCAUACUACAAACACAAGGAUAUUAGCAAAGAACAGUAUAAGAGUAUUCUCAGAAGAGCUGUUCCACAGGUUUGUUGCAGACAUUUUACCUUGUAACCUGUCAACAUCUUUCCAGAAAUAACUAUUCACAAUUGGUUGUCAUAAGUGAUCAUACUUUGGAUGUGUGGCUGUUGAAGCUUGAAAUCCAUAGAAUGAUUUGAAGGCUCAAUGGUGAUGCAACAGUACAUGUGUUGGACUCCAUAUGGAUAGGUUUAUGCUUAACCUUGUCUAGAUCAUUCAUGAUGGAAGCACUCUUAAGCAACAGACAAUUAUAUAUUUACCUUUAGACUACAAGCUAAAUUAUGCAGACAUUUUUAUUGGUUUGCAAUUAUGGUUUAUCUGAGAACAGGUGCAUAGAUGACAUCAUCAUUAACAACAUUUGCUCCUUUAUUAUAUUAAACAGAUUGAUUGCAUUUUGUGGUGGGUCUGUCCACUAAUAGAUCACAGAUGUCAUCAAAGAAUGCUAUGAGAACAUCAGUUACACACUCUGCUGCACCUUGUGGGCCACUUUUUUUUAUUCAUACUUCAUUUUGGCGUUAUCUGUGAUCUGUUGCAGAACAGACACACAGCAACAUGGAAUUUAUUUGUUACUUAGAUUUGACAACUGCAUGCAUGGAAAUUGACUUACACUUUGUAUGUAUGAUUCUGUUUUCUUCAACAAGGCAAUACACUUCUACAGAAGUUUCAUUGAGGUGGAAAACAAAAGUUUCUCCUUAACUGCUUUUAAAAGCCUCUGAAUUGUGUUAUUUUCCAUUUCAUUGUAGAUAACAAGCUCUAGCAGUGCCAUUGACCCAGAGAGAAUCAGAUCAUUUGUGAAGAAGUGCAUAGUGAAGAUGAAGAAAAAGCAUCGUGAUUCUUAGUUUUCUAGGUGCUCAAACAAUUGUUUUAUUACUGCAGAAGCUUGUUUAUUGGCUAUUUAAACAGGCAUCAUAUCGUGCAAUAUUUUCCCACCAAAGCAGUUAGUUGCUUUUUAAGAUGGCUAUUCAGAAUAUCAAGGGACUUAUGUCACAUUACUUUGGAUGAUUCCCAGCCUCAAAGAAUAAACUUUGAAAAUAAUCAUUUUAAAAAAUGAUUGUGUUGUGUGAAGACAAACCCUUUGAUCUUUUGUACCCUAACAUCAAUAUCCAUCUUCUCCAUGCUCUUUUUUAUGUACUGAGAAGGAGAAUUUGUUUGACGAUCAAAGCUUCCUAGGUUGGCAAUAAUUUCCUUCAUUCUCAUGAUCCUAAAGAGUGAUUCAGCAGUAUUACACUAAGAGGAGAGAAGAUGCUGGUCACUCUUAAGGUUUUAGGGGAUAAGAAGUCAUAUUAUAUUAAAAAGGGAAAGGAUGGAAAAAAAAUUACCAUGAACUGCACAUGGAAUACUCGUUAAUUCAGACUCAGUUUUUCAAGAUGAACACAAUUUUUAGAUCUUUUGUGAAUCAGUUACAUUAAUACAAAUAAACAGAAAAAUAAGCUCCUUUUAAUGAUCUGUCUCAAUGAUAGCCAUAUUGUUUUGUAACGUGUAAUAGUUGCCUCUAGAUUCAACCACUAGGGCUACAUUAUAGCACAUUGUGUUGGUGGAGGUUUUGCCAAGGUUAUCCUUCUUAACUAAUGAUUGUUCGUUAAAAGUUGUGCCUGUGAGAUGUGGAUGUUUUUUCAAAUCUCAAUUUCAUCAAGUUGAUUGUAUUGCAGUUCUAAUAUUGAAUAAAUCAUGG